AUGCGCCGCCCUGCAAUACCACGCUGGACGCGAUGCCUGGGCAUGACCAACAUUGGGGCAUGCGCGGGUCUGCUGGGAGCGCAUGGAUACCUGCAAUACAACGGCGAGCGGCAGAAGGCGUACAAGCGGCUUGAGCGCAGGCUGAGGGCUAGAUCUUUCGAGUUCUGGCGCCUGGCUAGCGAUCUUGAGCUUAUGUCGCAGUUCGAUCCGGUGAUGCAGCAUUUCAUUCGACACAAUGGCGUCUUGCACGCGGCGCACUUUGCAUUCGACAUGUAUGAGAAGCCAGGGCAUGAUGCAGUGGAUGCGCCCCAGGCAAUAACAGCAACAGACAACCCAGGCGCUUCCGUGCCGACCGAACCGCCCCAGGAGAUUGGCGCAUACUAUGUCACGCCCAUCGAUUAUGUCGAGAAUCUUGCAAACAUACACGUGGGCACCACACGUGCCAAGAUGCAAGAGCUGGAAGCCGAGAAGCAAACGCUCUUGAAAGAAGCGGAAUACUUGCUCUACAUGAACGCACAACAGCAAUAUACCUACUGCCACAAGCCCGAAAUGGACGAAGAAGAACGCCAGCGCCGUCGUCAAGAAAUACAUCUCUGCGAAAUAACCUACAACAGACUCCGCUCCAUGGCAGACGGCAUCGACAUCAGACUCUGUAAAUGGCGCCAAUCGCUCCAACACAAACUCGCCUCUGACGCUGGGAACGACUCGCUAGACUCUUGGCUCCCUGAAUCAAACACGAUCGACUUCAAAACCCACGAUCCCACGCUGGCUAUACAAGAGAUGGAAAAUUUCCAGGUGCAGAUUGAAGAAGAGGUAUUUAUGUUUGAGCAGUUUCUGACGGAGCCCGGACAUACGGAACAGCAGAGGGAGAGGUGUAGGCGGGAUUUGGAGGAUGCUAGGAUAUUGCUCAAGGCGGUUGAUGGGGUUGUGUGGGAAUUGGAGAAGGCGAGGAGGAGGGCGAUGGCGAGGAAGGUGCCUGUAGAGGUUGUGGGAAUUAAGACGGUGGAGGAGAAGAAGAAGACCGAGAAAGAUGGCGGUGGAUUGGAGGCAGGGAAGUCUUGA